AUCAAAAAAAAAAAAUCCUCUCCAUAAACAAAACAAAACCUCCUGUUGCUGCGCGUAAAUCUCCUAACUCUCUCUAGAUUUCGUCUCCUUUAGAAUGUAAACAGUCUCUCUCUCUCGUAUCACUUUUUACUUCUUUCUUUCUCUCUCUUUGUAGACUCCAUCUUCUUCUGGUUUCGUGUUUUUAGACAAGGAAAGGAAACGACUUUGGUUUUCUUUCUUUGUUUGUCUCUUCGAAGACUCUCCUCCGGUUCAUCCAUCUCUUCCGGUUCCUCCAUCCUCCAUGAAUUUGUAUACAUGAGAGUUUAACAAGAUCUCUUCUUUCUUCCAAAUUUCAGGCUAGCAGUUCGACAACUUGAACGUUGGAGAUUAGAAGUUGAAUCGUGGUUGCAAUGAGAAGCUGAAGUUAAACUGUGGCAGUUCAUACAAGAAUUUCAAUGAUGGAUUGAAGGUAGAACAUCGAUGUGAGAAAUUGAAACUUUGAAUUGGGUGAUGCAUUAAUCACAUUGUUGCACAACAUUAAAACCAACUACGUCCUAGGAAAGGAGCAUGGCCACAUGACAAGGUUUGGGAGGUACUUUUCUUAUGAGGUUGAGGUUUUGGAGUAGCAACGGAAGCACUUUUAUACUACCAUGGAUCAGAAUAUUGAUCCAGGGUCUUUGUUCCUGUGGUUAUUGGUGGAAUUUUGAAUGACACGGAUGCGUGUUAGUUAAGGUCACUAAUAUUGGAUCAGAGACUUCAUUGUCCCAGAUAGUUCAACUAGUGGGAGAUCAAAAUCCAGGGUCUUUGUUCCUGCGGUGAGUUCGUUAGUUCGUUUCUGUCGUAGGCCUCCCACCGCGCGGUCAUCUAGUAUAUUUGUCGGGUUUACUCUAAAUUCUGGUUCUUGUUGCAUACAUUCCACGGGUCAAUUGGUAGAUGGAUUCUGUCGAAAUGGAUCACGACGGUGAGCACCUUACUGAAGACACAUCUGCUGAGCUUUUGCUUUUUCCAAGGUAUGAUAUCUUCGGGGAACCAGAAGUAGUUCCUCGAGUUGGAGAUCAGUACCAGGUGGAAAUUCCAGAAAGAGAAAGGGAACCGGACAACUUCAAGAAUACCGCAUCUCAUUUCGAAGCAGCUGGUACUAGUCAUUCUUCACCAAUGAGAUUAUCCAUCCCAGUUAUGUGGGUGUAUGAUCAAGUCGAUGAUAUCAAACUUGAAGGGAUAAAAUUGCAACGGGCCCCAGAUGGUAGAGUGGGUGCAAAUAGGUCUGAAAGGAAAGCCAGGCACAAAUAUUCAGACCAUAAAGGUACAAAAGCUAAAGUUGAACCUUUUCUGAAAUUGGAUAGUAGAGAAAAUAGUACGUUAGCUGGCAACCGGAUGGAUGCGGAUUUACCCUCAAUGAAUGAGAAAUGUAACUUAAUUGCCAAAAAUUACUGUCCAGUUCCAGGUUUAGUAAGCAAUUCCUGGAGGGAUGUUGAGAAGGAUAGAUUUCUCCUCGGUCUUUAUAUUUUUGGGAAGAAUCUUGUUCAGGUGAAGAAAUUUGUUGAAAGUAAAGAGAUGGGUGAUAUACAGUCAUAUUACUACGGGAGAUUUUUUAGGUCUGAUGCACACCGUCGAUGGUCAGAAGGCAGGAAGAUAAGAAGCAAAAAAUGUGUACACGGGCAAAAGAUUUUCACUGGAUCGCGGCAACAAGAACUGUUAUCACGCUUGCUUCCCCAUGUUCCCAAGGAGUGCAGAAAUGCUUUCAUAGAGGCGGGAAAGAAAUUAACAGAGUAUACUAUUACGCUUGAGGACUAUGUCUCUAUGAUGAAGGAAACAGUGGGUAUAGAAACACUGGUAGAAGCUGUCGGAAUCGGCAAGGGUAAGCGAGAUUUGACUGGCAUUUCAGACUCUGUAAGGAGCAACCAAGCUAUCCCUGUUCGUCAAGAAAUUCCAACUGGCAAAGAGUGUAACUCUCUUACAUCUGCGGAUAUCCUUAAGUUUUUAAAUGGUGAUUUCCGUUUAAGCAAAGCUCGAUCUAAUGAUCUAUUUUGGGAAGCCGUUUGGCCCCGUUUACUUGCCAGAGGAUGGCACUCUGAGCAACCCAAGUAUCAAGGUUAUAAUAAUGGUAACAAGAAUUCUUUAGUGUUUCUCAUUCCGGAUGUCAAGAAGUUCUCAAGAAAACGACAUGUGAAAGGAAAUCACUAUUUUGAUUCUGUCACUGAUGUUUUGGACAAAGUGGUAUCUGAUCCAACUCUUCUUGACGUUGAGGUAGAAGAAGCACCCAGAGAAAAUGACAACAAGGAAGAGCAUGAGUGGGCUCCAGAGAUGGAUCAGGAUAUUCAUUCAGAUCAUCAACGCCAUUGUUAUCUGAAACCGCCGCUUGCAAGUUCUAAUUCAGAUCUAGUGAAGUUUACUGUUGUGGAUACCAGUUUGAUAAAUGGGGAAAGACCUUUCAAGAUGAGAGAUCUAAAAACCUUACCUGUUGAGACCAAUAAUACUUCUACUCCAAGUAUAUCUAGAGAAACUGUUGGAGUAAGCUUUAAAGAGCGACUGGAUGAUCCAGGCUCAGUUGAUAUGUUGGUUGAUGACCCUCAGCAAGAUACUGUUACUAGUAGGCUGAGGAAGGGUAACUCUAAUGCAGAUAGUCUAGUUGGUGUUUCAAGGCAGUGUGUUUCACUUAAUGGCUCAGUUAUUAGCAGUUUUCCCAUGGAGAAUCACGAGUUUCAGUAUGCCGCAGUUAAUAACAACAAGCAUGUGGGGAAGAUGUCGAAGUGUAUAUUACAAAAGAGAGCAAAAUCUGGAGAGUCAAACUCUAGUGCUCUAGUGAAGAAACGAAAAAAAGUAGGUCCUUGUGCUAAUAAAGAGAGAAGCUUGAGUACAAAUAACAUAUCCACACAUUUUGGAGUAAAAGAAGAGGAGCCCUCUUCCAAUUUAGACUCACCUGACACCUGUGAACAUAUGGUUUCUAUAGUAUAUCCAUUUCAAGAUAAAGUAUCGACUGGUUCUUCAACUAAAGAAGACCGACAUGAUAUCAAUGAAAAGCUAGUCAGUCGGAGAGCUGAACAGCGGGCUAUGAUCGAUCUGAAUGCACUACCGGAAUAUGAAGAUGGUGAUCUCUUCUUCAUGGAGGAGAGGGAUUUCCAUUAUGAUGAAAGUACGAAGGGUUUGUCUCUUCCAGCUGAAGUAAUCCAACCAGAGGAUCUUCAAACAUCAGUGAAAACCUCAAAUGGUAUCUCUAGUGCCGAGGAUCAGCCUACUCUUAAUGCCCGCCGACAGAGUUCAAGAAAUCGACCGCUAACCACAAAAGCAUUGGAAGCUCUGGCUGGUGGGUACGUAACCACAAAUAGGAAAUCAAGGGACAAGAAAUCUUUGUCAAGAGAUAACUCAUUUACAAGGCCCUCUCCUCGAGUCCGUGCAAAGGGUUGUGUUGCUACAGGGAGUGCCAAUACCAAGGUGGAUGAGAGGGUUGAGGAAGCAUGCAGUAGUAACACUGACAUGCUUAGGGAAUCCCGUAUUCGGACUGAAAUAGAAGGAGGUGAUGAGUUAAUGUUGAGCUUGAGCUUGAGUCUGAAACUUCCCUACAAUUCUGAAAUUUUUGCUGAAAGAUACAAUCAACCUGGCUAGGGAGUAGGGACCAAUCUUGCUGUUCCUGGCUCUCAAGGGUUUUCUUUCAGGAUAUCAGGUUGUUUCUAUAAGAGUGAGAUCAGAUUAGCUAGUCAAAAUAUACCCAUGAACAUAAAUCAGGUUCGCCAUUUGCGCAUUAAGCAACACAGCAGUUGUCUGUGGCUUUUUCUUACAUUGUUGAUUUUAUUGACGGGGUCGGUGCAUUGAUGUACAUUGGUAAAAGGUCAGGGAUUUUGAAUUUCAGGAAGGAAUAACUAUUCACAGAAUCUCUGUUGAAGUCGUUAUUGACAAGCAAGCUUGGGUGCUUCACAUGUUUUAAUUUCUCUAAUGAGAGGGUAUCCACGCCCAAGUAAAGAAACAACCACCAAUCUCGACGAGAAAGAUAGAUAACAUAGAAUUACAGCGUGAGGUAAUAAUCAACAUUUUGAUUGCCUUCUUUCUUUUGCUUUGCCCUUUUCUCUUUUUGGGUUGAAACCAUGAAAGAUAAUCAUGUAAGUGGUAUAUCCACAACUAUUAUCAGAUACUGCACUGAUGUAAUGAAUAGAUAUUACUACCUGUGAUGAUUCUUCUUAA